UGUCAACCCCAACCCCAACUGUCAAGUCAAGCAAGAUUGCCUUGCCAAAAAGUCUAGUCAGUCAAGUCAAAUCAUGUGUUUUGUAUACUGUACAGUGAUGUAUUGAUGGAAUAUUGAAGUGAUGUCAUGUCCAAAACCAAACAGAAACUAAGAUAAUAAUAGUAAAAUAGUUUGAACUUCUAUGAACCAGUGUUUUCGUACCGUACAUCAUAUUAUGUAAACGAACAUUUCUGCUGAUCAAGCUAUAAUAUUAUCAUUUUAAAGCAAAGUAGGCUAAUUCAUUAAUCAAGAUGUGGUUUCUUUAUCUUCUUAGUUGGAUAGCUCUUCUUGUGCAAAUUUCCUUUAUAACUGUAUCUUUGGCUGCUGGCUUAUACUACAUUGCAGAACUAGUUGAAGAGUACACAGUAUUAUCGAAAAAAAUAAUAAGAUGGAUGACAGUUACUACUCUAAGCAUCUACCUGGGAUUCUUGCUGUUUGAAGAUUUGCCCACUUCCAUGAUAGUUUGCGGACUGCUUGCUCAGGUCGCUCAUCUGUUGAUUCUUCAGACAUUUCCCUAUGUCUCCCUGUCUUCACCAUCAUUCAUAUUUGCUGUGAUCUUGCUUCUAGUCAACCACUACCUAGCGUUUAAAUACUUCAAUAGUAUUUAUCACUCAUUUUCUGAGGUGAUGGCAUACUUCACACUCUGCCUUUGGCUUGUACCAUUUGCCCUGUUCGUCUCAUUGUCAGCCAAUGAAAAUGUUCUACCAACAAUAUCAGAAUCAACACCUUUACUGGGUGGGGACAAUGAUGUGGUGACAAAUUAUUUUUCAACCCGCAAUAAAAAAUAUGGAUUGCUCACAUUUUUUAACUACGCCAAAGACUCAAUACUUCCUCAAAGAAGCAAGAAGACUUUUUAAAUAGGUUUUUCUUAGUGUGUAUAUACUCCCUCUAUCACCAUGUGAUAUUGUACUUUGUUGUGUAUAUAUUAUCGUAAGGUGUAUUUUUAUUUUCAGUUGUUCGAUUGUAGCUUUGACCCUUAUUAAAAACAAGACAUUAUCUAUACAAAA